CCAACAUAAUUUACGAAAAUGGAAAAUAAAAUUGAAAAUUAACAAAAUAAAUAGUUCUUAACAAAUGAAUUUUAUUAUUCAAUAAACAAUUUCUUUAUAUAAAAUAGACCUUUAUAUCCAGUAUAUAUAUAUAGAUGAAAAUGGAUUUUCAUAAGGCAAAAGUUUCUUCAAAACCAGUGAAACCUUUUCUAUUAUUAAAAAUUAGUUUAAAAGUUUUACGAUGGAUGGGAACAUGGGCACCGCGACAAAAAGGAAUUUCUCAUUAUUUUUUUUAUGCCCAUACAAUUUGUAUUUUUGUCUUUAUGUUGGGCAUUUUUUUCUUUGUGGAAAUUAUUGCUAUUGUUAUGAAUUUGGAUAAUUUAGAAAAAAUUGCUUCAAGUGCUCCCCUAUUUUUGACUAAUAUUGCACAUGCAUACAAGUUUUUUACCAUCAAUCGUAAUAGACGAAAAAUUCAAGAUUUACUUUCAAUAAUUGAAAGUCCAACAUUUAGCAAUUAUAAUUCCAGAUACGAACGAAUAAUAAUGUGGUACACUUGGCAAAAUAUAUUUCACAAUGGAAUCUAUCAAAUAUUAGGAAUAAUGACAGUACUUUUUUGGGCUGCAAUACCAGUGACGGCUUUAUUAGAUGGCAAUGAAUUGCAAUUACCAUUGGACGGAUGGUAUCCAUUUAAUACAAAAAAAUUAAUUCCCUUUAUGCUCACUUGGUCGCAUCAGACAGUGGCAAUUAUUAUGUGUUGUAUUAAUAAUUUGGCUAUUGAUGCUCUAAUCUCCAGUCUUUUAAAUGUAGCAUCAUGCCAAUUUGAAAUAUUAAAAUGGAAUAUUGCCAAAAUUGGAGAUAUUGAAGAACAAAAUUUUUUAGUAUCGUCAAAUAAAAAAGAAGAUAAAUUAUGUCAUAAUAAAAAUAUCAACGAGGAAUUGCGUUACUGUAUUAAACAUAAUUUAGCUAUUUUUAAUUUCAUAAAAGAAGUUGAAAAAAUAUUCAGCUCCGCAAUUGGUUUACAAUUAUUUGUUAAUUGUUUCGUUACUUGUCUAUCAACAUUUUACAUAACACAGUUAACAAUAUUUAUUCCUGGCGAAAUAAUUGGGACUUCUGCCUAUAUAUUCUGCAUGACAUAUCAGAGUUUCAUUUAUUGCAUAAAUGGCAAUGAGUUAUUUCUUCAAAAUGACAAUUUAAGUAUGGCUGUUUAUAUGGGAAAUUGGUGGAAAUUGAAACCUCGAUACAAACGUAUUUUACAAAUUGUCAUGCUCAGAACACGUCGACCCCUUAUUCUAAUGACACCGUUCCUAUUGAAAUUAUCUCUUUCAACUUUUGUUUCAGUAAUUCAAACUUCAUAUUCAAUAUUUACGCUUCUUUAUAGAAAGCAUGUUUAA